UACUUCUACAUGUUUAAAGAGUAAACUGUGCUGUACAACGUUCUUGGAGUAGUGCCACAGACCCUUGGCCUGAGAGUUCUCACGCCUCAAGCAUUUAUCUUGUGUCUCUUGCAAAAGUAGGCUACAGACCUACACAAAUAUGCGUGCUAGAAUUUCAGCUGCUUCACCUUUAUUCAGUAUCAUUCCUAGACCCAUAGUUGGAGCAGAAUGAUGUGUCCUCCACCAUGAGAACAGGCAUUGCAUGCAUAGGUUACAUAUUCUGCAAUGGCCAAGGCAGGCAUACCAUCCAGAAAAUUGUUCAUAUCUGAUCUCUCUUGUUACGCACCAUACAUUGACCUCACCAGCCAUUCGUUGGUCGAUGAAUGGCAUCCACAGACUUCCAGGUUACCCAGACUUCUGAAGUAUGUAUGGCUGCAGGGAACUGUUGUACAGAUUGACAAUGCAGAUACAUUUUUACUUGAUGAUGGCACUGGUGCAGCACUUGUAACAGGAUGCUGCAAACUUCCCAAACUCUUCACAAAGCCAGAAAUAGAUGGAUACUUUUUGGUGAUUGGAAAGCUCAUGGCCAUAAAGAAUGUACCAGUUGUAAAAGUCUUCAAAUUGCAAGACCUGAGAGGAAAGGAAAUGCUUAAAAAGAUUUGGCCUCUGGAAGUUAUGGAUAUGAGACUCCAUGAGGCACAGGAAGUAACUAGUAAGCCUGAUAGAAAACAGAAAGUAAAGGUUUGAACUGGCAUGCUCAGAGCCGUGAAUGGCCUUGAAAAAAUAUAUGUUUGACAUAAAAUUUGAUGUCAGAAGAUGUGUGGUGGAUGCAAAAAUCUUUGAGUGAUGGCAACAGUUGAUUGUACAGAUUGAGGAGGUAUAAUUUUAUGAAUAUGAAACAUUUGUGAAUUGUAAAGCUGCAGGUUAAUACAGACCUUUGUUAUUGCAGUAUGUAUGAUUGUCACAUAUAUUGAUACCUGGAGGCUGAAUUGUGUCUUUUAAUAAGAAACCUAAAGGGGCUUCUUUCCAUUUUACAAAAUGCAUAGAUUUAAUCUGGGUCUUAAAUAAAUGUAGAUUCCUAAAUUUGAAGACACACAUUAAGUCAUGUUUUCAAUUUUCUGUAGGUGGCUAUUUCAGCUACCCUUUUGUACAGGGGAUGUGGGAAGAUCUGCCGGCUACCUGCAGAUGGUUGUGGGUUUCCCCCGGGCUCUGCCCGGUAUCCUCCCACCAUAAUGCUUGCUGCUGUCGUAUAAGUGAAAUAUUCUUUAGUAGGGCGCAAAACACCAUCAAAUAAAUAAAUAAAGUAAAUCUUGGUAC